GGAGCAGCUGCAAAAUGCUUGCACGCACACACAGAUAAAAAGUGUAUUUUAAGUGCCAAGUGCUGCACUGCGAGUGUGGAAAAGUGCGGGAAAUUAUUGCAGCGAGACUGUCAAAAAUAGUGUUAAGACAAAAUUUAAGAAAGCCUGCAAUUGCUAAUAACAAAGUGAAAUGAAGAGUGUCAGCGGCAAAAAGAUUCUAUAUAAGCAACAAAAUAUUGGUAGCAUGUUUUGUGAAUUUCGUAAAUCUCUCGUUUCGUUUUGGUUUUUUUCUUCUAUACCACAAAAAAGGGCGCGUGAGUGAGACGACAGUAGUUUGCAGCAAGGCAAGAAAAUCUAGCCAUCCCGCCUACUCGUAUGCGACUCACACGUUGCAGACUUUAAGUCUGCUCGCUCUCAAAUGUUUGACAUUUUUCACAUUCAGCAUUUUCCCUUUGUUCGUCGGCGGGUCUCGUCAUAUGGCUCGUAUAAACGCUCGUGCGUGCGUAACAAAUAAAAUUUAAAAAAAUAAACGCAAAAUAUCGGUGUUUGAAAUUUACAAAAAUAUUGCACAUGUGUAAAUAAACAUCUAUUAAAUGCGCAUGCAGUGACAAGUGUUUAAAUUCAUUGAGAAAUAUGCGUAAAAAGCGUUAUUUCGUGAUUACUACGGCGACGACGACGACGACGACAUCAAAGCCAACAACAACGAGCUGCUGCGUUCAUUGACGUGACGCGCGAGUGUGAGUGUGUGUGUGUAUGUGAAUAUAUGUGUUUAUAUGCGCUAGUGUAUGCGGGUGUUGCGAGUUGUUUUCAAAUAAAUAAAAUACAUAACAAAAGUCAGCAGCAACAAGAACAACAACAAUCAAAGCACCACAUACCUAAUUGCGAGUGCUUAUGCCGCUGGCGCCCCAGCGUCAAACUGCGUACAUAUGUACAUACAUAAAUAAAACAAAGCUAUAUAUAUAUAUAUUUAUUUACUUCAAUUUAGUCCGCGUGUCUCGUUGCGCGCAAAUUCUAUGUGAAAAGAAAGUAUGGUCAACAGUCAAUGCAAUCUAUGCAGUAAAAUGUGUAUUUGUCUGUGUCUGUGUGUGUGCGUAUGUGUUUUUAGUGUAUAGAAUUGAAUAAGCAGUAGUAUAAGCAAAGAAAGUUAAAAGCAAUAGCAACGGCAAAGCAACAAGAAGAAGAGGAAGAAGAAGACAACGAGCAGCAACACAAAUGAAGCAAUACAAUUCAGUUCAAUUUUAAACAUCAAUUGUCUGUCCCGAAGCAUUAAACAAGGCUCAAAAAUUUUUGCCAAUGAGUCGCAGACAGUCAUUGGAUCGACCAGGAAUAUUGUCUCCUCCGGGUCCGUUUCUGACGCCCAGUCCAUCGCCAUCGAUCUCAGCUAGUCCACGCCUGCAACCAUCACCAUCUCUAUCGCCAUUCCCACAGGAUGUGGUGCUCGUAGCCGGUGGCAAUGCAAUAAACGCCAACAGCAAUCCACAGGAACACGAGCGCAAGGCGGCGACGCCUGGCAGGCGACAAUCCAUACAUCAGUUCACAAAUGGCAGUCCCAAUGCCGGCACCGUUGUCUUUCAACCGAGUCCCUCACAGUCACCGGCCGCUGCCACGACGGUCAUUGGCGUGACAGCUGGCGGUCUUAUAGCCGCCGCCGCUGCCAGUGGCCACAAUAAUGCAAUCGGAACUGAGCUGAACGCCACACUUGUCGGCUCCAAUAAUAUACAACUGAACAAGAAGGGCAACAAGCGGACUGGGCAGCACCAGCAACAACAGCAUCAGCAACUACAGCAGCAGCAACUGCAACAUCAGCAGCAGCAGCAAAUCUUUAGCACCAGCGCAGCGGCGCCCACCUCGAUUUCGACGGUAGCCGGCGGCUAUGGGCAACCGAAUGCAACGGCAAUCAGUACGCCCCUUUCGUUUGCGACAGCAAAUGUGGCUAGUGGCCCAAAAGGUCAAGCGAAAAAGGGCACUACUUCGGGGCUGAGCCAACAGCAGCAGCAGCAGCAACAUCAACAACAGCAGCACUUGCAGUUCCAACAGUAUCAGAGCAGUAGUCCGCUGAUAGCGGAUAGUCCUAUUCCCAGCCCCAGCAACGCGAUUGCUGCUGCUGCCAUAAAACCGCCAACGCCGCAGCCUCAAACCGUACAGAUGCUUCCACAGCAGUUCACCAUCACCAGCGGGCCGCAGCAGCAGCAGGCGCCGCAGCAAGUUUUUCAGUUCAUUCAGGGCCCUCAGGGUCAAAUCAUAGCUACCACGCAGCAGGCGACGCUUCAGCAACAGCAUCUGCAACAGCAGCAGCAACAGCAGCAGCAACAGCAGCAACAACAACAACAGCAACAACAGCAACAUCAGCAGCAGCAUCAGCAACAGCAUCAGCAACAGCAACAGCAGCAGCAGCAGCAGCAACGUUAUACCAGCAAUGCAGGCGUUUCGUUGUCCACUGCGCCCACGAAGGCGAGCAAGGCGCCCCAACAGAUACUGCCCAAGCCGCAACAGGAACUGGGAUCUCAUUCGAUGCAACAGCUGUCGAAGAGCAAAAAUAUCAGUAACAGCAACGCACAAUUGCCGCAGAUCUCGCAGUCGACGCAGCCACAACAGGCACAGCUCAAUGCUGCAGCCAACAAUGCCAACAACCAGCAACAACAGCAGCAAAUUUUGCUGCCAGCGACAUCAUCACAACCACAGCAAUUGCUGCUGAAUCAGAUGCCCGUCCUGGUGCAGCAGAAUCCGCAGGGUGUACAGCUCAUAUUGCGUCCACCCACGCCACAGCUGACGACGCCCUCUCUGGUUAUACAGAAUUCGCGUGGACAGCCGCAACUGCAGCAGCCGGCACAACAGCAGUUGCUACGUAUUGUGGGCACCAAUGGAGCCACCAUGCAGCUAGCCGCUGCCACACCCACAUUUAUAGUGUCCUCGCAGGGCAACCUCAUUCAGCAGACGGCUGCCGCCGGCCAAUUCCAAAGCGCCAUAAAGACUGGCACGCAGCUAAGCGGUCUGCAUGCGGCGCUGGCGGCGCAGACGCCACGAUCUCAGCCGUUUACCACAACGGCCACCAUCAACACCCAAUUACUGGGUCAGAGUGUUGCGGCACAGCUGCAAAAUUUACAGCUAGCCGCUGCAGCGGCUGCCAAUGGCAAUGGCAUUGCCCAGAUACAAAUGCCGAAUGGACUGGCGGCCAUUUCGCAGCUACAACAGACACUAGGUGGCGCCACCAUCAAUCUGAAUCAGUUGUCUGGCGCGCACCUGCAACAGAUUGCCAGCGCCUUCCAGACGCCGCAGCCACCACAGCAGUCCACAGCGUCGGGAGCGACCAGUGGCAACGGCAACAAUUCCGCAGAGCUGUUUGCUCAAUCCUCGCCAGCGCAUGUACCGCUGGCCGUUACACCGGAGCCAAUGCGUCAACCGACGCCGCAGCAGCAGGCGGCCAUGGCCACCAUACAGCUGCAGCAUCAGCAACAACAGCAGCAGCAAGCGCAAAUACAUCAGCUGCAGCAGCAGCUGCAACAGACACAGACACAGGUGCAGCAGGCGCAACAACAGCAGCAGCAACAUCAGCAGAUUGUCGAGCCCAAGAAGAAGCCGCGGCCGCGCAAAAAGAAGCCACCAGCGGCAACUGCAACGGCAGCGACACAGCAAAAGAUCGCCAUAUCUGCCACGCCCACUUCCACAACGACGCUUACACGAACGCCCACGCCGCAGGCACAGACUCAAACGCAAACGCAGGCGGCACAGUUGAAGUCGCCAUCGCCGCCGCCCACACACAUACAACGCGCCAGCAAUGGCAAACUAGAUCUCGGCGAUGUGAUGAAGUUCUGCGGCAUUACGGAGGAUGAUGACGACGACGAAGACUAUGGCAUGGAUGCAGUCACAAGCUCUGCAACAGCCGCAGUCAAUAACAGCAGCAGCAGCAGCGGCAGCAACAUCAACAACAACAACAACAACCACCAUGUUGAGGAAUCGCUGCCAGCAGCACCACCACCACCACCGGCGCCCUUAAGCAACGGAGUAGCAGCAGCUGCAGUCAAUGCGGCAACGGGGCCCAGUUCCAACGAUAUUAUGAUCUCCAUACCGAGCCAAAACGGCAGCGAUGGGCUGCCCUUCACGCUGACUAUACCGGCACCAGCGCCGGUCAACGAAGCCACCGAAAUACCAAAUAUCCUCAUUAAGAUUGAUCCAAGCGAUGUUGCGGCGGCAUCGUCCGCUUCCGCUGGAGCAACUGUACCACCGUAUACGCUAUCAACGCCGCGCCUGCCCACCGCCGAGGAAAUUCAACGGCAGGCGCAGCAACAUCUCGCCCAGCAGGCAGCCGCUGCAGCAGCCGCCGCUGCGGCUGGCGCCAAAAUCUGCACCAGCAUACAGACCACAACGCCGGCGCCAACGAUUAGCUUCAGUCUGGGCACACAGGCCCAAACCAUAGGCAGUGUCACGCUGCAGCCGACCUCCGUUGCGGCAAGUAUAACGCUGACCACGCCCACGGUAACUGGAACGGCAACAGCGACAGCCACUGCGCCGAGCUCGGCAACAGCAGCAACGACGGCCGCGGUUAAGCCGCGUCGCAAACCCGCCGUGCGUCGCAACACCAAAAAGCAGGACAUGCUGAAUAGCAGUGCCAGCAACGUCAGCAAUGCCAGCGGCAGCAGCAACAACAACAAUAUGAACAAUGGCAUCAUUGGCAGCAACAGCACUACCACGACCACCAUCAGCAAUGGGAGCAGCUGCAGCAGCGCCGUCAACACUGUCAACACCAUCACAUUGACAACUCCUGUGAGCAGCAGCAGUACUUGCAGUUCCAGUAUAUUGCUGCCGCACGGCCUUGGACUGGCAGGCAGUAGCAGUGGCACCGGCAGUGGCAGCAACAGUACGCCAACGACCGUGCCCAGUCAGAUUGGCAACAUACAGAUAUCGCAGGUGCAGAAUCAUCAUCAGUCAGCGAUGCCCGUCGGCAGCGCCGUAGAGAAUAAGAUUCAAAUAAUGCCAAUUCUGCCGCCUGGAGCCACCGUUAUGGGCGGUUCUGUGCCAGCUGCAGGAACAGCAGCGACGGCAACAACAAUUGCUGCACAGCAAGCGCAGCUCGUCUUUCAGUCAACGCCAGCAACAGCAGCAUCUGCGUCGGAAACUGCCACAAUAAAGCUGUCCAGCGAUGGCCGCCAGAUGCAAUUGGUGGCCAUACCACAGGCCACGCCGCCGGCCGCAGCGGCACCAUUGCAAGCUGUGACAACGGCAGGUGGUGCCACUAUAUUGCCACCACAGCUCACGGGGAUGCCGGGUAAUGUGUCCAUUUCCGUGGGUUCUCCUGCUUCCGCGGCGGCGCUAGUGCCGCAACUGACAGGCAGCCUAACGCUGGCCGUGUCGGAGCACUGCGAGCGGCUUAUUUUGCGUCAUGAUCCGAACACGCCGCAGGAUCACCAAUCGCAGCUUAUACUUCAGGCAUUGCUCAAGGGCGCCCUGCCUAAUGUAACCAUCAUCAAUGAGCCAACGCGCAUGGACAGCAACAAGCCACCAGCGCCAACGCCCCCGCCUCCGCCACCACAACAGCAGCAACAACAGCAGCAACAACAGCAGCAACAACAGCAGCAACAACAGCAGCAACAACAGCAGCAACAACAGCAGCAGCAACAACAGCAACAACAACAGCAGAAACAACAGCAGCAGCAACAACAACAACAGCAGCAGCAGCAGCUGCAAUUACAACAGCCGCAACAGACGCAGUUGCCUAUAACAACAACAACAUCAGCUCAGCAGCUGCCCAAAGCACCAGCAGCGCCAAAGAGCGAAGUCAAAGUUACUAACAACAGAAAGCUGUCCACACCCGCCGCGCCCGCCAGCAAUCUGCUGAGUAACAGCAACAGCAGCAGCAGCGUUACCACCAACACAAACAAUUCAAUUAAACCACCGACCAUGCCCGCUAAGACUAACGAUACUUUAAACUUUCCACAAUUGCCGUCAACGCCGCAAUUGCUCGUACAGCAACAGCCGCAGCAGCAGCAACAACCACAUCAGCCACAACAGGCUCAACAGCAGCAGCAGCAGCAGCCGCAGGUUAACAACGCUCAACGUUAUGUGGCGCUGCCACCCAUCGAUCCCAGUACACAGCAGUUGUUCUGCCUGAACAGCGUGUCCAAUCAGAUCACGGCCAUCAGUGCUGGCCAAACGGCGGCAUCAAUUGGGCCGACGGAGCGGCUGCUGAUAGCGCCCGCUGGCAUCAAUGCACAACAGCUGGCGCAAUGCCUGCAGCUGGGUCAGUUACACUUUAACGAUGUGAAUCCUCUGCCGCCCACACAGCUACAGCAACAGCAGGCUGCGACGACGACAGCAACAUUGCCCAUUCCAUUGCGUCCUCAGCCACCGCAGCAGCAGAUCGUACAUCCCAUACAGCCUAUCAGCAACGGACAUGGUCUCAGCCUGGGUCUGCCCAUCAGCACGACAACAACAACGACAUUAACCGCCAGCGGUAAUACGACAACGAAUACCACAACGGUGACCAAACAGGUGGCCAAUGUAGCGCCCAUCAUAGACCAGAGUAAGGCCAAACUAGAGCCAGCAAAGGCGACGGGCACAUGCAGCACGGCAACAACUGCGAGCAGCACAGGCGCCGUAGCCAAAAAAAAGCCUGUGCGUAAGCCCAAGACGACGCCGACGGCAGCCGAGCUGGCCAGUCUGAAAAAUGCCAGCGUUGUCAAGCCCAUGCCGAAGCUUGAUCCGCUCUCGCAGAAGCCUAACAACAAUCCCGUUCAAAUAGUACAGCCCAAUGUGGCCAGCGGCAAGCAGAUGAUUGUUGUUGUCAGCUCCAGCGGCGGACAGACAACUACCACAACAACAACAACCAUAAUGAGCAAUAGCAUACAACCAUUCCAGACAACAAGCGGCACCAAGUUGGUGGGCGUCACAGCGCCCAUGCAGCAACACCAACAACAGCAACUGCAGCAGCAACCUACAGGGGCAGCAGCAACUGUGCAGCAGCAGCAACAGCAACAACAACGCGGCAGCUUCAGCUUAACAGCAACAACUUCAACGCCUAGCUCUGUGCUCAGCAGCAGUAGCAGUAGCAACAGCAGCAGUGGAGUAGCAAUAGCAUCGCCAGUUGUCACGCAGUUGCAAUUGCCGGCGCAAAUGCAGCAACAGCCUAAACAACAAACGCAACAGCAGCCGCAACCCGCACCCCAACAACAGCCACAACAAAACACAAUUUCGCGCGUGCAAACGAUCCAAUUGACACCACAAAUGCAGCAGGUGUUCCGCACGGUGCAAAUGCAGAUACAGUUCCUUACCAUAAAGCUGCAGAACAAGUCCUUUGUGCCCACAUUGCCAAUCUCGCCAGAUGUGGAUCCGGCAGCAAUUGCCAUGUACAACAAACCUAUGUCGGAUGCAGAGAUCAAUUUGGCGCUGCAGCGUUUGUUUGCGGAACAGCAUCGUAUCUUGGCUUCGGGCAAAGAGGUGCCAACUCCGGAGGGCAUGAUUCCAACGCCCAAUGCAAAUGGCAGCUUUAGCCUGAUGCCGCAGCAAUUCCAGCAAGUGCAGCAGCAACAACAACAACAGCUGCAGCAGCAGGCGCCACAAUCUGCAGAAUCACUGAAACCAACAGCUGGGGGUGUUAUAUUAGCAAAUGUGGUGCAACCAAACAAUCAUUCCACCACCAGCACAGCUACAGCUGCAGCAGCUAUCAAUGGGCAGCAACAGCAGCAGCAACAGCAGCAGCAACAACAGCAGCAACAGCAGCAGCAACAACAGCAGCAACAGCAGCAGCAACAACAGCAGCAACAACAGCAGCAGCAACAACAGCAGCAGCAACAACAGCAGCAGCAACAACAGCAGCAGCAACAACAGCAGCAGCAACAACAGCAGCAGCAACAACAGCAGCAGCAACAACAGCAGCAGCAACAACAGCAGCAACAACAACUUAAUGUUGCUCAGCGCAUACACAUUUAUCCCAUGCAACAUCAACAGCAGCAGCAAUUGGCUAACAAACAAAAGCUAGCGCAGCAGAAGCAGCAACAACAGCAGCAGCCAGCGUCUAUUUGCAACCUGCAACAGCAACAAACGCCGCAAGCAAAACCCAAGGAGCAGCCAUGUCGCAACAAAUCUAAUACGUCCAAUCAACAGCAGCAGCAACAACAACAGCAAACGCAUACAACAGUCAACAUGUUGCAACAGAAAACGACAGUAAUGUCUGUGCCACUGCUGCAGCAACAGCAACAACAGCCCGCCGCCUGCUUAAAGAACGGACCCCCACCGCUCAUCUUUGCCAGCUCCACCAAUCUGCUAUCCAACAGCAACAGCAGCAGUAACAUUAGCAGCAAUAGCAGCAGCAACAGCAGCAAUAAUAGUAGCAACAUGCAAGGCGGAAUGUUAGCCAUGCCACCAUUGCAACCGCAACAGCUGCAACCCCCACAACAACAUCAGAUACAGCAGCAACAACAACUACCGCCGUUAUCGCAAGCACCGCCAGCCGCAGCGACAGCGUUGGGCAAUUUAAUUGCCCCAACGCUACCAACACUGCCCGUAUUUUUGCCGACUCUGCCCGUGCCCAAGCCGGAGGAGUUGCUCCCCACACCAAAACCAAAAAUUGCGCGCCUCUCCUUACUUUCUAUUCGCAGGUUUGUGCGCCAAUUGGAGGUGGAUCAGGAGAGCUGUCUGAAGCCGGACUAUGUGAAGCCCUUUCGCACCAAGGACGAGGCAGUCAAGAGGCUAAUCAGAUAUCAUUGCAUGCAUGAGAACGAUGUGGAGCUGCACUCCGAUGAGGAUGAGGAAUUCGAGGCAACUGCUCUGGGCUUUCGCGAUAAGUUCCGGCAGCUAAAUGGAAAAUUCCAGGAAAUUUUAUUGCAAGAGUCAACGUUGCCGCAUCGCACUUCGGAGUUGUUGCAAGUGCAGCAGCUGAUGAUAGACGAUCUGAAGGGUGAGAUCAGUGAUAUACGCAACGCGGAGAAGGAGCUGUUGGAGAAGGAGCAGCAGCACCUCAAAGAGGAGCUGAGAUCUGAUGCAAUAGCCGAGUAUGAACCGGAAAUGGAUACCAAAGUUAAGGAUGAAAUCAAAUCGGAGCCAUUGGAAAGAGUGUCCGAAUCAGUAGCACAGGCAACAGCAGCAGCAGUUGUUGACAAGUUCGAUCUGCUUAAGAAUAGUGCGGAUGUGAACAAGGCAUACAACAAGCCCCAGCAGCAGCACCAAACACAGCAGCAACAUGUUAAGCGGGAGGUGAAUGGCGAAUGGCAGGGCCAGGCGGAGGCUAGCAGCAAUAACAAUGGCUCUGCGAGUGACCCUGUUAAGAAGGAGCAGCUCAACAGCUCCAAGGACAACCCUGAGUAUAUAAAAAAGGACUACGAUAACUUUGAUAUCGAAUCGGAGCUGACGCCAAGUUUUAUUAUGAAGAAGGUAGAGCAAAAAAUGCAGACAGCUGGUGUAAAGAAUGCUGAGAACUGUUACGCUGACAAUGUAUUGCAAGAGGAGCAACAACAGCAACAGCAUCCACAUCCACAGCAGCAGCAACAGCUACAACAACAUGUUAAAAGUAAUAACAUCGGCCAUGAAGAUCAUGACGAUGGCUGGUAUUGUCUUCAAAAAGAGCUUAAUCUGAUGAGUAAUGAGGCAUUGCAGUCACAGCAACAACAAAAUGCGCCACUGCAACACUUGUCACAGCAACAUCUGUAUGAUAACAACGCCGGCAGCCUGCUGAGCAAUGGCAAUCAUCUGUCCGAUCUCUUUCCCAAUGGCUGCAUUGACAAGAGCAAUCAGAGCAACAGCAAUAGCAGCAGCAACAGUAGUAGCAGCAGUUGUGGCGGUGAUGUUGGCGGCAACAGCAGCAACGCUGGCAACAACAACGUGCCCAUAGGCAGCUCUUCGUGCAGCCAGCAGCGUCAACAGCCGUUGGCUAUGCAAGCAGAUCAACCGAAUCAUCAUCCGGCCAUCAGUGAGUUCUUUAGCAGCGAUUCGGAUGUACAAAAGUCAGUGGAGACGCGCCUGGAGGCUAUGUUUGGUGAGUCGCCGGUAGAUUUGGAUGUGAAGAAUAGCAGUGACGCGCACGACAUUGAGUCAAAUCUAGAUGAGAUAUUUGGCGAUGCAAAAUCGCCAACAGCGAGUCACAAGAACAAACUGAAUAUUUGGGCGGCAGAUGCGGGAUUCAGCGCCGGUUACAGCAGCGAACAGCAGCAGCAGACGUACGCACACCAACAACAACCACAGCAGCAAUCACAUCAGCAAGCACAGCAGCAACAGCACCACAUUGAGCUCAACUGCAACAAUAACCCGCGUUGGAUGCAAAGCAUGGAGGCUCACUACAGCGACUAUAUGUCCAGUAACACCAGCACAGUUGAUGGCCAAGCGCACAACAUGCUGGUCAAUGGGGAGGCACGCAAGCGCCAUUGGAAUGGCCAGUUGAUGGGCUCGAGCAGCGACUUGGAGGAUGAGAACAGCAGCAAGCGCUUGUGCACGGCUUCGUCAACGUCCUCGUCGCCCAUGUCCUCACAGCAGCAUGUGCAGGUCCCGCAACAUGCCAUGCUAGAUGCUGACAUGUUAGCGUUGCACGAUGGCAUGGGUGUGGACGGCGUGACCAAUAACGGACCCGCUGCCUUUUCACAAUUGCUAAUGGAGGAGCAACAUCAGCAGCAACAACAGCAGCAGCAACAACAACAGCAGCAGCAGCAGCAGCAACAUAGCUUUGCCAAUCAUCAGGCUUUCGCGAACUUGUUGGAUCCACAGCAGCAACAGCAACAGCAGCAGCAACAACAGCAGCAUCAACAUUACCAGCACAGCAUGCAACAACAGCUACAGCAGCCACAGCAGACGCAGCUGCAUGUGAAUCACAUGGGCGCCAACUCAGUGGUGACUGGCGAGUACGACGACGAUAUAAGUCGGCAUGUGGCUAGUGCCAUUGACAGCAUACUGAACCUGCAGAACAGCGGUGAUUCGUUGCAGUUCUCAUUGGGCUCCUUUCUGGGCGACAGUAUACUGGACGAUCAGCGGCAAGCGGCCAAUUUGCCCAGUUGCCAGCAGGAGCAGGUGAACAAUAGGCGCCGUCAGCUGGGAGAGGAUAUGGGAGAUUGUCUGAUCAGUGGUGGUGCCGGACCAGCUGUUAGUGCGGUAGCUGAUGCCAGCGGCAACCUAUUGCUCGAUCAUCAUCACCAUCAUCAUCAUCAACAACAGCAGCAGCAGCAACAACAGCAGCAGCAGCAGCUACUGCAGGGCCAUCUGGGUCAGCAGCAGCCACAUCUGCAGCAUCAUGCGCAACUCCAUCAUGGCUUGUCGCAGGCACAGCCUCAGCAUCAUGCGCAGCUAAAUGACUUUAGCUGUGUGGCCGCUGGCCUAGAUGAUGCCGUCAAGUCGAUUAUGACCUCUUGACUUGGGCUGCAUACAUCCACAACGACAGUAACUGGAGCGGCACAAAACAUAGCUGUCGAGCUGCCGCCGGCGGCAACGGCAACUGUAGCCAACAGUCUUAUACUGGAAUUCAACGCGACCACCUUGUAAAGGACUGCCCAAGGCAAUGACACAUUGAUUGUAUAUUAAGCCCCCCCCCCCCCCGCCCCCUUUGCAUGUUAUUUGUUCUCUUUAGUUGUUGUCCACUGUGCUGAAUGAAUUUGGCAACAGUUGCCACAUUUUAGCAUCCUGCUCUGUACAAUUUUUAUUUUCAUUUUAGAUCUAAGUUGAAUGUGUAGUAUAAAUUGUAUUAAUUCUUGUUUUCGUUUUUAGUCCAAUGUGUUUGUACAAUAUUUAAAAACUAAAAGAUAAUGACAAAACAGCCUGGUAAUUAUUUUUAUAAAUUUAUAGUCACACAAUCGAAUGCAUUAUUAUGGGACAGCAGGUCCUUAAAAGUCAAUAGUGAAAAGCAAUUAACGCAGAGAAUUGAAAACAAAACGACGAAUAGCAUGAAAUGCUUCUUAGAGAAGUAAACUGAAUUCUAAUGUAAUACAAAUUAUAUAGAUACAAUAAAUAAGUGAAAAAUGCCUAGACAAUUUAUUAAAAUUAUAUCUUAACUAUCAACAAGUGAAAAGGAACGUAAACCAAUCAAAGAAACCUAUAAAAGAAUAAACAGUAAUUGCUUUGGCGUGCCGAAGAUUAGUAAAUACGCUUGCCGACGUACUAAACAAUAUUGUUUGGCUAAAUUGGCUAAUUUACACUUAAAUUGUCCGAAAAUUUUUACUGAAUUGUUGAUAGAGAUUUUAAAUAUAAAGCUUUUCGUACACGUGAUCUGAUCUGAUAAGUUCCAAUGCCAAGUUACAGCUCCAAAACUGAGAGCAAAAAUACGUUAUGUUCAAAAAUAUAUAAUACGGAUGGGCCAGGGCUCGUAUCUAUCAAGUGUGCCGCAUUUCGUGACUAAAUUAUUGCACGCGAUUGGUUGUGUUAUACACAAUUAAGUUGGUUGGGAGGAAUAUGCCAAUCGAGAGAGCAUUCAAAAUUCAUAAUUAGAAUUAUGCAAACCAAUUGUAACUACGUUGCCAAUUUUGUUGAAAUGAGAACAAAUGAAAUACAACAACAAAAAUCGAUAUACAAUACAACAAAAUUGAAAACAUAUACAUUAAAUUAUUUAUUAUUAAGCAUUUGUACAUAUAUAUAUAUAUAUAUAUAUAUAUAUAUAUAUGUGAAGCAUGCGUCAGUUUCAACAAUCGCAGUUUUUAAUACAAAUUAAAGGAUUUGCUCUUAGUGUAUAAAUGUUUAUAAAAAAGCAUGCACAAAUACGUAAAGUAAACUAAAAUAAUUUAAUAAAUUCAAUCUAAGCAAUUUAAAUUUAUAUUAUUUAAAAAACGCGUAACGUCUGUCUGCUUUUGAGCUAACAAACAAAAUACACUGAGAAAAAUAUACACAUGUAUGCAUUAAUAAUUCGAAUAACAAAUGUGCUCAAUUUUAAUUAGAAAGCUGUAAGCCAAGCGCCACCUUGGCUUUGACUACGGGUGACAUUAUUAAUGAAAAUUUAGGGAGUUUCAAGAGUCGAAUGACUCCGACAGAUGACAAAACGACGAACGACGAAGCAAACCAAAAGCAGUUCAAAAGUAAAAAUCACAAUUUUAGCAAAUUUAGUUUAAAUCAUUUAUAAAUUGUAAAUGAUAUACUUAUAAAUGCAUAGAGUUGUGUGUAAAUUGUACUUCAAUAACAGAACAAAAAAAAAAAAAAAAAAAUCACAAAAAAUAUUUGUAAACGAAUCGUAUCACUGUAUCUUGAUCUUCAUCUUGCCACAAAUCUGAUUUGUGAUUUGUGCCACGUUUUAAAUAUCGAUGUCUGAUUAGCUUGUAACACAACUUAGAACAGAUACAUGAAUCCAUAAACAGUAAGCAACAAGAACUACGAACUUAAUCCAAAUAUUGUAAAUGUUAGGAAGCCGCGCAUAAGAUUCACACCACAAAACAGAAAAUGUUUGACUUGAGUAAUCAGUCGUCCGUAUCACGUAUUAUUGCAAUCCAGUUACAAUAAAUACUACUACUUUAAAUAACUCCACCCCAACUGCAAAAAAAAAAAACAACCAGCUACUACAAAACCUAGUAAGCUUUGGUAUGGAAUGUGACUAAAUUACGAUA